AGUAGAGGACUGCAGGCAGGGGUGGGCUGGGUCGGGAAUGCAGCGGGGCUGGGCUAUUUAAGCCGAGGGCCGCUGGCAACCCCAGCAGCCUGCCCUGUGAGCCGCCAGUAUGGAUGACAUCUACAAGGCUGCGGUAGAGCAGCUGACAGAAGAGCAGAAAAAUGAGUUCAAGGCAGCCUUUGACAUCUUCGUGCUGGGCGCUGAGGAUGGCUGCAUCAGCACCAAGGAGCUGGGCAAGGUGAUGAGGAUGCUGGGGCAGAACCCCACCCCUGAGGAGCUGCAGGAGAUGAUUGACGAGGUGGACGAGGACGGCAGCGGCACAGUGGACUUCGAUGAGUUCUUGGUCAUGAUGGUUCGGUGCAUGAAGGAUGACAGCAAAGGAAAGUCUGAGGAGGAGCUGUCAGACCUCUUCCGCAUGUUUGACAAAAAUGCUGACGGCUACAUUGACCUGGAGGAGCUGAAGAUAAUGCUUCAGGCUACAGGUGAGACCAUCACAGAGGACGACAUUGAGGAGCUCAUGAAGGACGGUGACAAAAACAACGAUGGCCGCAUUGACUACGAUGAGUUCCUGGAGUUCAUGAAGGGGGUGGAGUAGACACCAACCUUCACCCAGAGCUGCCUGUGCCACCUUCCAACUCCAGCUGGGCCCCGGGACUGCAGGCAGAGGGCCAGGGUCCCCAGGAUGUGAACUUGGGUGUGUCCUUGACAAUGGGCCCUCCAUGACUACCUCCCUCAGCACUGUCCUAGGAAAUGCCAAUAAAACCGUGCUCCUGGA